GUCUCAGGUACAUGGAUUUUUUCCCCGUACCCUCAAACGUAAGCACAGACUUCCUGUUUGAGAAGAGCGCAAACUACUUUGACACUGAAGUUGCCCCGAAGAGAGCAGCCGCCCUGUUACCAAGAGCCAAAAUCAUCUCUGUACUCAUCAACCCUGCUGACCGCGCGUAUUCCUGGUACCAGCAUCAGAGGGCUCAUCAGGACCCUGUGGCGCUAAACCACACGUUUCAUGAGGUGAUCUCUGCAGGGCCGUCGUCCCCCGCAGCUCUGCUGUCUCUGCACCGCCGCUGCCUGCAGCCUGGAGCCUACAGCAGCCAUCUGGAGCGCUGGUUACACCACUACCAGCCCAGUCAGGUGUGUACACACACACACACACACCUAUAG